AUGAACAAAUUUUAUAUUCAAAUCGCUUUAUUUCUUUUAAGUCUCUCCGUAUAUCUGAAUAAUAAAACCCUCGCAGCUGAGGCUGCUCCAGGAAAAUCCACAAAAACCAAAUCAAAAAAUAGUUAUGCUACUUCAGAAGAAAUAUUUGAAAAAAACAAGCACUUAUUAUGUACCAAUCCCGAAGAAAUAAAAAACGCGGAAAAACUUAUGAACGAAGUUAUAACACAUUUAAAAUAUCAUGCUACAAGUAAAAAGGGUUAUAAACCUAUAGGGCAUAUUCAUCAUAAUAAGAUGGUUUAUUACAAAAAAAAACAUCAAGGCCAUAUAGGUGUUGUAAAGGUCACAUAUAGAAAGAAUGGCUCGAAUAAGUUUAAUAAAGUAGUAGGCAAAAUAUGGGAUCCUGAUAUUAUCACUCCGGUCGAGUAUAAAUAUACUAAAACCAAAGUUUCUCGUGUGUACAAUCCAAAUUUAGUAAUGAUACAACAACGUUUCAAAAAGUGGCCGUGGAGCAAUGAGAAAUAUUUUUAUGCUUUAGCUACAAAGGUUGAAGUAUCAAAAUAUGAAACUAUAAUUGCCAUGACAUCAGCAAAUAUAAAUGAUCACAACCCUUCCGAUAUAGAAUAUAAAAACAUAUUAAUAGAAAGCGCAAAUUCAUUCACAACUGACAUUGAUUCUGAAGAUGAUAUUCGAAGCGGAAAAUUAAAAAAAACGUUCGUUAAGUUAGCUGGAUACUUAAUUCAAAAAUGCGAAACUUAUGUCAGUGUCACCUAUAUCAACUCUAUUGAUGGAAAUCGUUACAUUGAGAUAUAA